CAAACUCUUUCAUUCUUAUAGCAGUACGUGCAGGCCCUACCAAGAAACGCUGUUCUGUGGAUAACCAGCUCAUCGCCGCGGGCACGGGCUGCGACAACAUUAGCUUUGAAACCCCCGACCCUUGUAUUCAACGUCUGAUUGCUGUGUCAUCAGCAGCCACCUGUGGCAUCAGCAACCACCUGAUCAUAGCUGCCAGCAGGCGACCCGAGACGGGCGAACAGAAGCACGAGACUCUCAUGCCGCAGGAGCUCCAGCUCUCAUUCGGUGAAGGUUUGGCACAGCUGCACAGUAUGGGCUGCACAGGAAAAGAGGAUGGUGUGAGCUGCGCCGGCCUCGCUUCCUCGGGCGGAAAUCCGCUGGUUUUCGGCAGCUGGCUUCCGGGAGAUUUCGACACACUCGCAUUGAACGCUUCUGUUGGAAGCGUUAUGCCUGCACUUUCUGCUUCACAUGCUGUCGACGUCCGCGCGCUGGAUAAUCCUGCGCUGAGCUAUACCCCGUUUGAGGGUAUUGGGGACGCGCGAGGAUCGUGCACAUACGCGCAGUUGCAGCAGCUGCAACAGCAGCUCAUGCCGACACCAGCUCAGCCCGUGUACUUGGUGCCUGCAGCGCUGCCGUUGUUCACACCCCAACUAGUCCAUUUUCUCGGCGGCAUACCGGGAUUGGUAGCUCCGAACUGGACACCAGCCGCAUCUGCUUGGGGAUUACCGUACGGGACGAGCGUAUGCCCUCCCAUGUCCUAUCAGAACCUGGCAUUUUCAGACAGCACAGGCUUCUGGCUCGAUGGAGUGUACUUUCCAAGCUACGAGCACUUUAUCGCGUAUCGCCGCCGUGCGAUAGCGUACAACUUUCACUACUAUGGCAUCCGUCCCCACUUUCGGCCGCCGCCCGGCCUGCCACGGCCUCGCCCACCCACAUCUGCGAAGUUGGGCGCCACCCUGCCGCGCACAGUACAGUCGGCAGCGGUGCUGUCGGCAAUCGGAACUGGCGCCGCUGCGAGCAGCAAUCCGCCACCCCAUAUAAUCAGUAGCGCAGGAGGCGCAAGCGAGGACGGCAGCGAGUUCCCGUGCGGGUCGCCCGCAAGCAACUCAACUUGCAGCAAUGGCGACAGCGACGAUGCCGGCAGCGACGUUAGCCAUACGGACACCGAGCCGGAGCUCCUGAGCGAAGCGCAGCAGGUGGAUGACGGACUGCGUCACUGUCAGGUGAAGGAACAUUCGGCGUCAUUGACAGAAGCCGUAACCCUGCCGGGAAGUGCGUCAGACCCAUGGAAGCCCGAAAGAUCGCCCGCGCAUGGUCACGGGCUCAUCACCAGCUGCGUGACUUGGACUCCGGUUGCGGCGCCGGUUGCCUUGGCUUGCUGCGCCUGCACCUGCGCGGCCGAUGUGGAGCAGCGUUUCGCGGCUAUUUGCGGCAGCUGCCUUGCAGCGGCAGCGCUUCCACCUCGCACGUUGUCUCCGCUGCGCUGCGGGAACGUGGGAAACAGCGGUGGCAGAGCUGGCACCGAGUUGUGUGACGAGGCCCGGGAGGAUGGGCGGUGCAGUGGAGGUAGCCCUGUGGCUGGUGUGUGCCCUCAGUGGCUGGACCGCCAAUUCUGUGUGUUGGUUGAGAGGGUGGUGCUCGAUGCGCUACUUAGUUUUGAGGACGCCGCUUGA